AUGACUGAAAAACAGGUUGCAGGCGAGGCUGCUGGGCAUCUUGAGGGUGUGGUGGACUUCCACUCCAGCAUCAUCAACACCAUCCUGCAGCAGAACAGCCGCAUCGACCGCCAGCUCACCGAGCUUGGCCAUAACCUCAACCUGCUCAAAUUCUUCGCCCUAGAAAAUCUACAAAUACGAGUUGCGUCUGCUCACCCCGGUGACCUGCCCGCUCAAGAAGGGGCCAAGUUCAAUCUCCGGUUUGAGCUGGUGGACGAGGAGGGCCAGCGUGUGCGCAACGACAAUCCCCUCACCUUCAGCCUGGCGGUCCUCUCCGCGGACAACCAGCCACUCGAGACCACCAACAUAUUCCGCUACUGCCUGGACAGCAAACUGGUGGAGGGAGAGGGCGAAAUCCGGGGGGUGCAGCCGAUCGAAGUGACCUCGCACUUCCCGAAGGGGUUCGUGACGCUGGGGGUGCGGCUGCACUGCCAGAACGUGCAGCGGCGAUACGCGGAGCAGGCCUGUGUCAAGCUCUUCACACCCGCCAACGGCACCGUCAACAAAUUCGUCGACCUCCCCUCGCCGAUCAAUGACUUUGAUGCCAUGCCCCCCAUGAAGGGCGCUGCGGAAGGGUUCGCCCUGGCCCACGCGGACGGGACCGUCAGUUUUCUACUCAAGACUGGGAAGUUAGAGAAAAAGCACCCCGACGCGCACAAGGGGAGUGCGGUGGCUGUCAAGUGGAGUUACGACGGCAGCUCGCUGGCAAGCUGCGGAGAGGACGGGGUGGUCAAGAUCUGGUCUAGGAACGGCAGCUUCCGGAAUGAGCUGAUGCGCCAGGACAGCACUGUCUACUCGCUGGGGUGGUCGCCCGAAAGCGACGCAGUGUUGUACUGCAACGAGAAGACCAUCACCAUAAAGCCUAUCCAGCCAAGCCGGAAGGCCAACACCUGGAAGGCGCACGACUGCCUGGUGCUGCGGGUGGACUGGAACCCCUCCAGCAACCUGAUCGUGUCGGCAGGCGAGGACUGUCGCUACAAGAUCUGGGAUCAUUUUGGCCGACAGCUGUUCUGCUCGACGCCCUACGACUAUGUGCUGACGGCGGUGGCCUGGGCUCCCAGUGGGGAAUAUUUCGCAGUGGGAGGGUUUGGUAUGCUGCGGCUUUGUGACAAGACUGGGUGGACAUACUCAUACCACAAGCUGGCGGCCGGCUCGCCUUACAAGAUCGCGUGGUCGCAGGAUUCGACGGCGAUCGCCGCUGGCUGCGGAGGAGGCGAGGUGCUGGUGGGCAGCGUGCUGGACCGGGCGUUCCACUACCAGUCGUGGGAGGCGCUGGUGGCGGGCGAGCAGCGGAUCGUGGUGAAGGACCUGGUGAACGAGGCCCAAUAAGAGAUCGAAUUCAAGGACCGGGUGGUGAACGUGUCCCUGGCCUACAACCACCUCGUAGUGACCACCUCGAAGCAGUGCUACGUGUACAACUUCCAGAACUGGAACACCCCGGUGAUCCUGGACCUGCGGGACUCCGUGACGAUGGUGGUGCAGAGUGCCCGGCAUUUCAUGCUGGUGGACGUGGCCAGCGGGCUGCUGCUCUACAACUACGACGGGAAGAGCCUCGCGACUGUCAAGCUCGCCGGCAAGUACGAGUUCCUGACCAAGCGCAAGGUCAGCCUCUCGCCUGACUAUCUAGCCAUCGUCGAGAACAACAACCGCUCGCUCAAGUUUUACGACGUGGCCAGUGGCAAGCCCGCAGCCUUCCAGCUGGACCACUCUGCGGACAUCACCGAGGUGCACCUCAACCAGGUCGAAAACGCAGCCGAGCGGAAGAUCGCCUUCACGGACAGCAACAAGGACCUGCACCUCUGCAGCUACGGCAAGAAGGAGGUCGAGAAGGUGGCCGGCAUCGUGGAGUCCUUCCAGUGGCACUCGCGAUUCGAUGUGCUGGCGGCCACCUCUCACGAGCGCUUCCUGGCGUGGUACUCGCCCGCAGCUGUGUUCCUGGACAAAGACAUCCUGGAGCUGUGCAAGGUGGCUCGCGAGGCGCCGCAGGUCGGCCACCUGAGCCAGAUCGUGAGCUUCACGGGGUCAGCGGUGACCAUCCGGCGGAAAGACGGGGCCCUGGUCAGCGAAAGCGUCUCGCCGUACCCGUUCAUCCUCUACGAGUUCUGCGAGAAGCUGAAGUGGGAGAAGGCGAUAAAGCUGUGCCGCUACGUCAAGGAGCCCUCGCUGUGGGCCUGUCUGGCGGUGGUCUCGCUGCUGGUCCGCGAACUCAACUCGGUGGAGAUCGCGCUGGCGGCGAUCGAGAUGGCGGACAAGCUGGAGUACAUAAACUACGUGAAGGAGCUGCCCUCCGAGGUGUCGCGGCAGGCGGCGCUGGCCCUCUUCUUCCGGAAGUACCAGGAGGCCGAGCAGAUCCUCGUGCAGAGCAAACUGUUCUACCGGGCGGUUAAGAUGAACAUCAAGCUCUUCCGCUGGGAGCACGCCCUCGACCUGGCCUACGGGUUCAAGAAGCACGUGGACACCGUGGUGGCCUACCGCAACCGCUACCUCGAGCGCAUCGGCAAGGAGGAGAACCUCAAGAAGUUCCUGAAGGCGCGCGAGGAGGUGGGCGUGGUCAGCUGGGAGGCAGUCAAGGCCGAGAUCCGCGCGGAGAAGGAGCGCGAGAAGAAGCUGAAAUGA